AUGGACACAUCUUUUCCUUCAUCUCAACAAAAAGGGGCAUGUCCUAAAAGCAAACAAAGCCGUGGACAUUGUAGGGAGCACAGACGGGUAUCUCACAUCUCUGCAGAACAAAAACGGAGAUGUAAUAUAAAGAGUGGAUUUGAUGUCCUACACAGCCUGAUUCCUUCUCUUAACCAAACACCCAGUGGAAAGGUUAGCAAAGCUGCCAUGUUACAAAAAGAUGCGGUGUUUACCUUUUUUUUCUUCUUUUUUAUUUUCUCCUUUUUUCUUUUCUUUUCUUUUUUCCUUCCUUUUUUCCUUUCUUUUUUUUUCUUUUUUUUUUCUUUUUUUUCCUUUUUUUUUUCCUAUUUUUUUUUCCUUUUUUUUUCCUAUUUUUUCCUUUUUUUUUUUUUUUUUUUCUUUUUUCUUUCUUUUCUUUUUUCUUUCUUUUCUUUUUUCUUUCUUUUCUUUUGUUCUUUCUUUUGUUCUUUCUUUUGUUCUUUUUUCUUUCUUUUCUUUUUUCUUUUCUUUUUUCUUUUCUUUUCUUUUUUCUUUUCUUUUUUCUUUUCUUUUCUUUUCUUUUCUUUUCUUUUUCUUUUCUUUUCUUUUCUUUUUUUUCUUUCUUUUCUUUUUCCUUUCUUUUCUUUUUUCUUUCUUUUCUUUUUUCUUUUCUUUGUUCUUUCUUUUCUUUUUUCUUUUCUUUUUUCUUUGUUCUUUCUUUUCUUUUUUCUUUGUUCUUUCUUUUCUUUUUUCUUUGUUCUUUCUUUUCUUUUUUUCUUUUCUUUUCUCCUUUUUCUUUUCUCUUUCUCUUCUUUUCUCCUUUUUCUUUUCUCUUUCUCUUCUUUUCUCUUUCUCUUCUUUUCUCUUUCUUUUCUUUCUUCUUUUUUUGUCUCUGCUGAAUUCUGCAAAAAGAUGAAAGCUGAGAGACUCAAAAUGCAAAAUGAGUCAGAAGUGUUGAAAUUAGAAAUUGACAGCCUCAAUUCUGAUAUAACUUACUGCCAGUCCCAAUUACCAGCUACAGGUGCCCCAGUCACUCGACAAAGGGUUGACCAAAUGAACAAUAUGUAUGAUGACUAUGUGAGGAUACGUACCAGUGAGAAUUGGAAGUUUUAUAUUUUCAGUUUUAUUGUUCAUCCACUUUUUAAAUCUUUUAACAAUAUGGUAUCCACAGCCAGCAUGGAGGAAAUGUGCCGCACUGUCAUGAACUGGUUUGACCAAUAUUGUUCUUUGGUCACCCUCAGACCAACGGUGUCUAAUGCUCUUCGAGAGCACCUAUAUCACCAUUCCCCUGCUGCUGACUGUCCACACCCUACGUUUCUUUUCCUUUCUUUUUCUUUGUUUUUCUUUGUUUUUCUUUUUUUUUCUUUCUUUUUUUUUUUCUUUCUUUUUUUUCUUUCUUUCUUUCUUUUCUUUCUUUUCUUUCUUUCUUUUUUUUCUUUCUUUCUUUUCUUUCUUUUUUUCUUUCUUUUUUUUCUUUUUCUCUUUCUUCCUUUCUCUUUCUUCUUUCUCCUUUCUUCUUCCUUUCUUUUUUUUUUUUUUUUCAAACCUACAGAUGGUUGGUCAAUUAGCAUUAGAUAA